AUGGUCCCAGUCUGGAUCGCGGAGGAGUCUCCUGAGGAACAUUUAGGUGGAGGAGGAGGAGGAGGUGGAGGAGGACGGGGGUUGCUGUCCCCUCGCGCUCAGGAAGAAGAGGAGAAGCGGGACGUAUUCGAAUUCCCUCUUCCUAAACCCCCCGAUGACCCCUCCCCUUCUGAGCCGCUCCCCAAACCACCCCGUCACCCUCCAAAACCACUCAAAAGGCUCAACUCCGAGCCCUGGGGCCUAGUGGCCCCUCCUCAACCUGUCCCGCCCGCGGAAGGGAGGCCGGGGAUCGAGCGCCUGACCGCCGAAUUCAACGGCCUGACCCUGACCGGUCGACCCCGUCUUUCCAGACGUCACAGCACUGAAGGCCCGGAGGACCCGCCUCCGUGGGCGGAGAAAGUGACGGGUGGGGGUCCUCUCUCUCGCCGAAACACUGCGCCAGAAGCUCAGGAGUCCGGUCCCCCUGCGGGGCUGAGGCAGAAACUGAGCCGCAUGGAGCCGGUGGAGCUCGAUACUCCCGGGAAUAUUUGCCCCGACUCGCCGGAGUGCAGCCGCUUGUCCCUGGAGCGCCGCCGAUACAGCGCCUCCCCGCUGACCCUCCCUCCAGCCGGCUCGGCGCCCUCGCCGCGCCAGUCCCAGGAGAGUCUGCCUGGGGCCGUCUCUCCCCUGAGCGGACGGAGGCGGAGUCCCGGGCUGCUGGAGCGGAGGGGCUCGGGGACGUUGCUCCUGGACCACAUCGCGCAAACGCGGCCUGGUUUCCUGCCUCCGCUCAACGUCAGCCCCCACCCUCCCAUCCCCGACAUUCGCCCCCAACCCGGAGGUCGGGCGCCUUCGCUGCCCGCCCCUCCCCAGGCGGGGGCGCCAGGCUCUCCUAGGACCAAGCGCAAGUUGGUGAGGCGCCACUCGAUGCAGACUGAGCAGAUCCGCCUGCUAGGGGGCUUCCAGAGUCUAGGCGGGCCAGGGGAGCCAGGGCGCUGA